CCUGUGUCGCUAUGUCAACUAACACAGGUUCUCUCGCUGCAGCUGCAAUAAACAAAUCCUUUCUCAGGCAAAGAAAAAUCGAUAACACGGCUUUGCUUUCCCAAGGAUUUUAAUCAAUUUGUUAUUUUUUUCAAACUUUUGAUUUUAGUGAGUCGUUAAAACAGUGGAGUAGGCCUACGGGUGAUUUUAAAGAUAAUACCCUGCGGGGAAUUAAUGAUGUGAGAGACAAUAAGGCUUAAGUUAUUGGAUAAAGAGUGGCUGUGGUAAGGGAUACCUCGGGUCCACGGUCGCAGGCUGUCGUGGAGACUGCUGCCCGGUGACCUGUAGACGCGUGUCAUCAACGGGACACCUGCAGCACUCCUACAGGUGUCGCUUUACAGGAACAAACGGGUCAUUAUCUAAGAGCUGGGAUCAGCGCAUCCACAAACCAUCCAAAAAUGUUUUUGAUGGACAUAUCUUGCCAAAGAUUAUCAGUGUCGGGAGGUAUCGUAAAAUUAUCAAGAAAAGUGUAGAUUAUUUCAUUUUGAGAGGAUGGGCUACAAAUCGUGUUAAUCUAGGCCUAUCAAAAUCGAAUCAACAAAUAAAAUGUCGGUUGAUUGCUAAAUAGCUACAACAAAAACAAACAGUGGCUGUCUAUAUUUAGCAAGCGUAUGAAGUUAUUUGGAACAGAAUAGCUUUGUUUCCGAUCCCAUCUUCAUACAACCCCUCAGGGAUCUCUGUUUUGGCCACCUGCCCGACAACACCUGGUAGACGAGGGGUUGCUUUGCGCAUGCGUAAUCGAAAGCCAAAAAUCCUGAUGCCGGAUCACCUAACAACCAAUGGUGUUUAAAUCUCUCCAGUGACAGAGGCAGAGCGGUGUGCAAGUGAGAGCAUUGCAAAAGGCCCCUGACCCAGGAGGAAGAGCCCCAGAGACCCCCCCAGAAAACACACAACCCACAACCAUGCCUCGGUCCUUCCUUGUGAAGAGUAAGAAAGCCCACAGCUACCACCAGCAGCGGUACCUGGAGGACGACUUCAUCCGGCUCGACACCGUGCUGGCCUACGCCUCUGCAGAGCACAAAGCUACGGUGGAGUUUGAGGGAAGUCUGGAGGCGCAGGAGGAGGCCCGCCGGCGCCAGGCCCUGCUGUCCCCGGAGUCCCGGGUGGGGCGCACGGCGCACCCCUCGUCCUGCUCCCCGCGGAGCUACGAGGGCAGCGUGUGUGACCGUUCAUCCUCCGACUACGACCUCUGGCGUCCCCCGUCUCCGUCCUCCUCCCCAGACUCAGAGAGCCGCUCCGUGAGGAUCGUGGAGGACGGCCACCACUUCAACAGCCCGUUCGCUCCUUACGCCGCCUGGACGUCGUUCCCCGGCUCGGAGAUGAGGCACCUGGUCGAGAGGACCUACCAGCAUGUCCAGAGGCCCCGGGAGCCCGACUCACCGGUCAGCCUCUAUGGGCCCGACGACCACGGCCCCGCCGACCCCCGUUACGCACCGCAGCAGGGCGCCCUGCACGGUGGAUGUUAUCCGGACUAUGCUUCCACCGUCGCGCGCAAAACAUACCGGAUUCAGGACGAGGAGGCUUAUCUAAACCUCAAGCAGAAGCCGAAGGAAAUUAAAUCGGAACAUGAUCGGAGCUUUCCCAACACCGAGGCCGUGAACGGCUCCUACACAUGUAUGAAGUGCUGCAAGGUGUUCUCCACGCCGCACGGCCUGGAGGUCCACGUGCGCCGCUCGCACAGCGGGACGCGACCCUUCGAGUGCGAUAUCUGCGGGAAGACCUUUGGCCACGCGGUGAGCCUGGACCAGCACCGGGCCGUCCACUCACAGGAGAGGAGCUUCAACUGUAAGAUCUGCGGGAAAAGCUUCAAGCGCUCUUCCACGCUGUCCACGCAUCUGCUCAUUCACUCGGACACGCGCCCGUACCCGUGCCAGUACUGCGGGAAGCGCUUCCAUCAGAAGUCCGACAUGAAGAAACACACAUUCAUCCACACAGGGGAGAAGCCCCACAAGUGCCAGGUGUGCGGCAAGGCCUUCAGCCAGAGCUCCAACCUCAUCACGCACAGCCGCAAACACACGGGCUUCAAGCCCUUCGGCUGCGAUCAGUGCGGCAAAGGGUUCCAGCGGAAAGUGGACCUGCGGAGACACAAAGAGACGCAACACGGACUGAAGUAAGGAUUGACGCACAGAUUGCGCACCUGAACCCACGAAAGUCUAUACGCGCGGGCCUCUGAGCCAGGGAGCCCGUGAGAGACCAUAGGGCCCUCCAGGUCUAAAGUCUUUAUUCAGGCCUGUUAUUGAGGCCCCGUUCUGCUCUGUGGCGAAUGCAGGGCUGGAGACUUGCAUAUUAAUUAUGAUUAAUUGUCUAUUUAUGACUCUAGGCCUGUAGGCCCGGCACACCGACUCUUGGAUUAAGAAUUGUGUACUUUAAAGAAAAGCACAUAUUUAUAGCGGAGAGAAUAUUUAAUUUGCCGUUUUAAUUUAUUUUAUUUUUUCAUGUAGGAUCCAUAGGGUUAGUCGUAUACUUGUUUAUUUUGAAAUGUAAUGAAUUAAACCUUGUUCUUAAAUAUGACCAAAUCGCGUACCAUUAUUUCCAACAAUCACGACCACAAUUUACAGGUCAGCUCAAAAGGAACCAGGAUUUAUGGACGUUAAUGGACAUAUCCACACACAGGCCUCCUGAACAAAUUACCUUAUGACCCGAAACAUUUCAUGUGGCGAGGUUUUCUUAGCAUGAUAUGGAGGAAGGCCUGAUUACUACGGCAAGCCACACGCACCGUCAGCUCAAAUUAUCUUAUCACUCCUCAUAUUACUAAAUUCGUUUGCUUACUCCCCCUAAAAAGUAACAGGCUUUUAUGGUUGUUUUUAGAAACCUGAAUUGCCUGUGCUGUCUAUCCCAGAAGGUUUGCUGUACCAUGGCAACAUUUACAGCCUGUUUAUAUCACUGUAAGGCAUAUCAUCCGCUUUGUGAAAAAAAUAUUUGCACACAAAUCAAUUCCUAAACAAACAACGGAACUGAGCGAGCGUAAGGAACGACCUGACAUUUAUUAGAUCACAUCAGAGGACCAACAUGUUGCCUACUCAUUUUUUUAUUUCAUAUUAUUGUCAAUUUCUCGUUGUCCCCGUCGUUGCAAACCAAAAGGUGUGCAGGUGUGUGUGUCAGUGCGCUAGGGUCCUGAAGAGUUGGAGUAAGGUCAGCAGAUCUGGCCGCUGCA